ACUCCAGAAGCAAAAACCUGGUGCCCGUUAUAAUUUAUAGUAUGGCUGAUGAUCCCCAGCAUGUUGCUGACAGAGAUCGAAUAUUCAAGCGUUUUGACACAAACGGCGAUGGCAAAAUCUCAGCGGCAGAGCUCGCGGAAUCCCUGAAAUUACUGGGGCAAAUUACCGCAGAGGAAAUCCAAACGAUGAUGGAGGAGAUUGAUACCGACGGAGAUGGCUUCAUUUCCUACGAAGAAUUCACGGAAUUCGCUAGAGUCAACCGUGGUCUGGUCAAGGACGUUGCCAAGAUUUUUUAACUCUUUUUUUUUUUUUUUUUAAAUUUCAAUCUUUUCUUAGCUUCCUGUUUAGAGUUAUGCGCCACCAGGAAUUAACACCACCAAAUCCGCUGUUUUUUGUGCAUGUCUUGUCUCCUCUAUAUACCAUCAUGUAAACAUGUUUCCUCUUUAGGAUUCUCUCAUCGGAACCCAUUUGCAUUUGUAUAUCUGGCGGAUGCAUUUUCAGCUUGCCUGCCUGGCACAUUCUACCUGUUAAAAGAAGAUGCCACAGUAAUUUUGCAAAUCAAAAUCUUUACAAGUAUCGACACAUUUUUGCCUAAAACAUGCACUCUCGAUCUUGAUAGCCCAUAACUUACAAGAUUUGAACGGCCACCAUAAACUUGGAAUGAAUUUAUUUGCUCUUUUACCCUGUAAGAUAGAAAGAAAGACGCAAGGCUUCUACACUCAAAACAAUUUUUUGAGUUUCCUUUUCUAUUUACAAUUUCAAGAUCUUCACAUCUAACACCUUCAACUAA